AUAAAACUUUCACUUCCUCUGCCGCUUAAGAAGAAAACCUCCCAGUUCCUACACACUUCUCUCUCUGUCUAUCUGUCUAUCUCUCUCUUCCCAUCUCUCAGUCAGCAGCCAGAACCAGAACCGGAUCCGAACCUCGGCCCGAACCUCUUCCAGCUGCAGCUCAUCAUGUCCAGGAAAGUCGUGAGGUCCAGUAAAUUCCGGCACGUCUUCGGCCAGGCCGUGAAGGCGGACCAGUGCUACGAUGACAUCAGGAUCUCUCAGAUGACGUGGGACAGCAAUUUCUGCUCCGUCAACCCCAAGUUCGUGGCCAUGAUCGUAGACGCCAGCGGAGGAGGAGCUUUCAUCGUCCUGCCGCUCAGCAAGACGGGACGUAUCGACAUGUCUCAGCCCACUGUCUGUGGACACACUGGACCCGUGCUGGACAUUGAAUGGUGUCCACACAAUGACAACAUCAUCGCCAGCGGCUCUGAGGACUGCAGCGUGAUGAUCUGGGAGAUUCCUGAUGGAGGUCUAAUUGCUCCUCUGAAGGAUCCGGUGGUGAAGUUGGACGGUCAUUCCAAACGUGUGGGGAUCCUCAGUUGGCACCCAACUGCACACAAUGUCCUCAUGAGUGCAGGCUGUGAUAAUGUCGUGAUCCUGUGGAAUGUGGCUCGCGGUGAGUCCAUGGUGCGAAUCGACUCGGUACAUAACGACCUGAUCUAUAGCGCCUGCUGGAACACAGAUGGAUCGCGCAUCCUCACAUCCUGCAAGGACAAGAAACUACGUGUCUUGGAUCCACGCAAAGGCACCGUCAUUACUGAGAAGGACAAGCCUCAUGAGGGCUCCAGGCCGGUGAGAGCCGUGUUCGUGUCGGAGGGGAAAAUCUUGACCACGGGUUUCAGCCGCAUGAGUGAGAGACAGGUGGCGCUGUGGGACCCGAACAACUUCGACGAGCCGCUCACUCUGCAGGAGCUCGACACAAGCAGUGGAGUUCUUUUGCCAUUCUUUGAUCCUGACACAGGCAUUGUUUACCUGUGUGGAAAGGGUGACAGCAGUAUUCGGUACUUUGAGGUGACAGAUGAGGCUCCGUAUGUGCACUAUCUGUCUAUGUACAGCAGUAAAGAGAGUCAGAAGGGAAUGGGCUACAUGCCCAAGAGAGGACUGGAGGUCAACAAGUGUGAGAUCGCCAGAUUCUAUAAGCUUCAUGAGAGAAAGUGUGAGCCUAUCGUCAUGACUGUACCACGUAAGUCCGACCUGUUUCAGGAGGACUUGUACCCUGACACCAUCGGUCCCGAGCCGUCGGUGGAGGCUGAUGACUGGUUCUCAGGUAAAGAAGGGAAACCGAUUCUGAUCUCUCUGAAGGACGGUUUUACUGCAACCACCAAGAACAAAGAGUUUAAAGUCAUCAAGAGCCUCCUGUGUUCUCCAGCAGCCUCCACUGGGCUACAACACGCCAACGGAGGGGAUAUUCAGGCUCUGCAGAAGGAGCUGAAGGACUUGAGGGAGCUGGUUGAGCAGCUGACAAAGCGAGUUAGUGAGCUGGAGAGCAAGAGUUGAAGAAGAGAAAACAAAUAUAAAAGCUAGAACACAGAGAGAGAGAGAGAGAGAGAGAGAGAGAGAGAGAGAGAGAGAGAGAGAGAGAGAGAGAGAGAGAGAGAGAGGUAAAAGAAUGUAGAGAGAAAGAAAGAGUCAUAGCUUUUCUAUAAAUCAUCAAAUUUUUGUUUUUUGGGGAUUUAAAUAUUUCAAGUUGUUCUUUAAGCCUCAGUUUAUUAAUAUAUGUGUUAGAAAGUUUCAAAUAAAAUCCAUUAAUAUUUUAAUGAAAAAUC